AUGAAAACUGAGUAUAAUCGCUACAAGAAAGAACUGAAUGAAAUCAGUAAAUUCUACACUGAAGAUCAUGAGUACAUCAACUACCCUACAACCUGUGGUGCUUGUAGUGGGAACGACUGCUUGUCUGUUGGUGAAGUAUACUCCACGAACCACCUUGAGACCCUUAGUACAAUUGAAUACAUCAACUACUCUACAACCUGUGGCACUUGUAGUGGAACGAUUGCAUAUCUGUUGAUGAGCUAUACUCAAUGGACUUUGGGAACCAUAGGAAGUAAACGGUCAUCAAUAAUAAAGCAUUUUUGGGAAUUUCAAAAUGAAAGACAAAAUAUUGUAGCGAGAAACAAUUUACAAGAAGAACAGACAAACCAACAUAUAACCGUUGCUACGGUGGUGACAGAACAAAUUCAAAAAUAUGCCACAUCAACUACCACCAGCAUCGCGAAGAGGUUCCUCGAUAAUAGCAAUGAAAGAACAUCAAAACGUAACAGAACUCAUAAGAAUAGUAAUAAUGAUGAUGAUAACGAAGAUAAUCCUUUUUGGGUACCAGGUGAAAAAUCAUCCAUUUCCCAAGAUCAACUCUCUUCUGAUGAUAAUCCUUUUUUGAUAUCAGGAUCAAAUGAUGAAUUCGAAAUAGUAACAGAGUUAGGGAAUUUAGAUGAGGUGCAAAAUGAAGAAAGUGGAGUAAAAACACUGUCUCCCUCAUCACGAAAUUAUAAUGAAGAUACAAUUUUUCUUACUCCAAAUAAACGACAGAUGAAUGAUGGAAGGAUUGUUCAGUAUCUUAAUGUCAUGAGACAAUUAUUGAAACAUGAUCAAGUUGUAGUUCAAAAACCAUCUGUAUGGACGGAGUCUUUAAAUAUUUAUAUUGAUAAUGUUUUUAAGUCGGAAAUAAUGCAAAAAAUUGAUGGUGAUGAAAACAACACGUUUCGCCUUUAUUGUGAAAAGGUAUUAAUGGACUUCUACAAUAUGGUCGAUAUAUUUCCUAAUUUGUCAAGAAAAAUUGGAGAACGAAAGUAUAUCGUUCAAAACAUUUCUUCUUUGUUCAAAUUUUAUGAAGUCACAUUUGCAUCAAAAUUAACGAAAACACCUACAAACUCUGGUAUUGUUAAGGUUGAUGUAAGAGGUGUCCGGUUAUUCGAUGAUAAAGAAAUUUUUCACGUAGAAGUAUCUGGUCUGCCAUUGCCACCACCACAUGAUCACGCUGUUAACGAUACAAAAAAAUCUCUACAUACUGAUAUUUUAAACCUAAUUGCGAUCCUGCUUGAUCACCUUCAAAUUCCAGUAGAAAAUGCAACUGAAAUUAAAGUUUUUAGUUUACAAGUGAUUGAUGGCACUUUUCUGACGUCUGAACUAUAUUCUACAUUGUUACCAUUUUCACUUGAUGCCAUAUCGAAGUACAAGGGAAUUCUUUAUCUGAUGGCAAUUUUUCAUGAAGAAAUCAUGAAACAAAUUUCAAUUAUGAAAAAUCUUGACCUAAUAGUCGAUCAUAAUGGAAGAAAUAUAGUUCGGGAUGUGUUAAAAAUUCCAAAGUCUUUGAAGGAUCUACUACUUGAGUAUGGAAAAUAA